AGGUGGCUGGCUAGAGCCACUGGCCAGAAUUAUUUAUUUGUAUUUUGUAAUUUUGUAUGAUUUGUAUCCUGUCUUUACUGUGAUUUGUAUCAGAAAUGGUUCAUUUUAGUUGCAUAUAAUAUACUUCCACAGUUUUAAAUUACAAAAAUCUAUAAUAUGUCUGCGGUCAACCCAAGUAAAGAUUCUUUUACUUGUAUAUCAUGUAGAGUCGCCUUCAAAGAUGCAGAGUUGCAAAGGAAACACUACACAACAGACUGGCACAGAUACAAUUUGAAAAGAAAAGUAGCAGAGUUACCUCCAGUUACUGCUGAAGAAUUUCAGAUAAGAGUGUUGAAUCAGAGAAAAGCUGACGAAAUAGCCACUCAGGAUAAAAGUGUCUACUGUUCCGUAUGCCGCAAAUCAUUUGGAAACCAAAAUGCUUAUGAUAAUCAUUUAAACUCCAAGAAACACAAAGAUAAUGAAAAAAGUAGAAAGAUAGAAAGCACUGACGAAAACAUAGAGAUCAUACCUACAAAUAAACCAACAAUUGAUGUUGAAGAUGAAGACAUGGAAACUGAAGAAGUAGAUUCAGAUGAGUGGGAUGAUGUAUCCGAAAAUCCCAUUGAUAACAAUGAUUGCCUGUUUUGUUCACAUCACAGUGGUAAUUUUUACAAGAAUUUGGAUCAUAUGACCAUUGUACAUUCCUUCUUCAUUCCUGACAUUGAAUAUUGUAGUGAUCUUCAAGGGUUGUUGAGAUAUUUGGGGGAUAAAAUUUCAGAAGGUUUCAUGUGUUUAUGGUGUAAUGAAAAAGGCAAGACCUUCCACACUGCAGAAGCAGCUAAACAACAUAUGGUUGAUAGAGGCCAUUGUAAGAUGAUUCAUGAGGGGGUAGCUCUUGCUGAAUAUGCAGAUUUUUAUGAUUAUUCAACAUCAUAUCCUGAUGCAGAUGCAGAAAAUAUUGAUGCUGAUGAAGAGGUUACCGUUCCAGAACUAGAUGGUUCAGAUUACCAACUCGUUUUACCCUCCGGAGUGACUAUAGGACAUCGCAGCCUAAUGCGAUACUACAAGCAAAGUCUUAAUCCCAACAAAGCCCUCGCCGUCGUGCCUUCCAAAAAUAAUAAAAAGUUGCAUAAAGUUCUAGCACAAUAUCGAGCCUUAGGAUGGACUGAAACUCAGCAAGCAGCUGCUGCUAAGAAAGCUAGAGACCUCCACUUUUUGAAGAGAAUGCAAUCAAAAUAUAAUAUGAAGAUGGGCAUGAGAAAUAAUUCAUUAUUACAAACACAUUUUAGAAGACAAGUUCAGUUUUAAAUUGUGUACAAUGUGUACCUAUAUUUCUACGACAAUUAUACCACGUUAUACCAUUUUGUUGUUAAUAUUUUCGAUUAAAUUGGGAAUAAUUUAUA